AAACGCAUUAUCCCAAUCCCAAACAGUCGUUAGGUUGCGUUUUAAAUGUAACGCAGGCGAGACGGCGUCCCAAACGAGCCCGUUCACCGUUUACCGCCGCCGAGGAAAGGCGGGAAAACAGGUUUCACAGCAGCGCAAAAUCGUGGCCUUUUGUGCAUUUGAAGCCAUACAUCUUCACGCCUCCCUCGGGCUAAUUACUUCAUAACUAUGGGAAUAAAGGGUUUAACGAAGCUUUUGGCUGACUACGCUCCCAAGGCCAUGAAGGAGCAGAAGUUCGAGAGUUAUUUCGGUCGGAAGAUUGCCAUUGACGCCAGUAUGAGCAUCUACCAGUUCCUUAUUGUGGUGGGGAGGACUGGGACCGAGAUGCUAACAAAUGAGUCAGGCGAAGUCACCAGCCAUUUGCAAGGGAUGUUCAGUCGCACAAUAAGAUUGCUUGAAGCAGGAAUUAAGCCAGUGUACGUCUUUGAUGGUCAGCCUCCUGAUUUAAAGAAACAGGAGCUUGCUAAAAGGUACAUUAGGAGAGAUGAUGCCACCAAGGAUUUAGCUACUGCAGUAGAGGAGGGGAAUAAAGAAGAAAUUGAAAAGUUUAGCAAGAGAACUGUUAAGGUAACAAAGCAACAUAAUGAGGAUUGCAAACGACUUCUAAGACUGAUGGGCGUUCCAGUAAUUGAGGCACCAUGCGAAGCAGAGGCUCAGUGCGCCGCUCUUUGCAAAAGUGAUAAGGUAUAUGCCGUGGCUUCUGAAGACAUGGAUUCAUUGACUUUUGGAGCUCCCAAGUUUCUUCGUCACUUGAUGGAUCCAAGCUCUAAAAAGAUCCCUGUUAUGGAAUUUGAAGUUGGAAAGGUCCUGCUGGAAUUAGGUUUCACCAUGGAUCAAUUUAUUGACUUAUGCAUCCUCUGUGGAUGUGACUAUUGUGACAGCAUUAAAGGUAUCGGAGGUCAAACCGCAUUGAAGCUUAUCCGUCAGCAUGGUUCUAUUGAAAAUGUGUUGGAGAACUUAAGCAAAGACAGGUACCAUAUACCAGAGAAUUGGCCCUAUCAAGAAGCUCGACAGCUCUUUAAAGACCCUUUAGUCAACUUGGAAACACCAGAGCUCAAGUGGACUGCUCCAGAUGAAGAGGGUCUUGUGGCUUUCUUGGUGAACGAAAAUGGCUUCAACCAUGACCGUGUUGUCAAGGCGACAGAGAAGAUUAAGGCAGCCAAGGAUAAAGGCAGCCAAGGGAGGAUGGAGUCUUUUUUUAAGCCAGUGAUAAAUACAUCUGAACCUCUUAAACGGAAGGAUGCAGCAGCCAAGGCAACCAAAGUACCUCCAAGUAAGAAAUCCAAAGCUGGAGCAAAGAAGAAAUAAGAAUGCAAACUGUAAAGCCUAUUUGGCCAACCGUUGGGGAAAUCUUCAAGUCAUCUUAGUUUGAGCCCUUUAAUAUCCUGAGGGUUGUUUUCUUCUUAGUGAAUUGUGUAGUAAUUAGCAAAAAAUGGCUAUGAAUAAUCAGUUAUAUCAGCUUAUUUAGUUCUUGGGAGGAUUAAAAAAAGAAUGAUGUGUGUGGCCUUUGAUUGUUCUAAUUUUGAAUUUGAAUAGUUUUGGGUAAGUGACCGUUGAUUAAAAAUAAGUCAAUUUCAUAUGCUUUUGAUCUUAU